GCUGAUCUAGCGAGCUUCAUUCGUAAGCUGCAAUGGAAGCGACAAUGAGGCUGUGUAUUAGAUCCCUACAGCCAUGCACGGUCGCUGUUCCUUCAAAACGCACUGGAUUCCGUUGCUGCACCGUAACGGAAAACCCAACCAAGCUGAGCUACAGCUUCACUGACAACCAACCAAACUGGCCCGGUGGCUUACGGUUGGUCGACCCGGUUGACCUUAACACCGUGAACCUCCCGUCACCAAACCCUACAUCUUCGGUCAGGCUCGGAAACAGAUGGAUGGAGUACCAAGGAAUCGGUAACUGGGACGGUCUUCUCGACCCGCUAGAUGACAAGCUCCGCCAGGAGAUUCUCCGGUACGGUAAGUUCGUCGACGCGGCUUACCAAUCCUUCGAGUUCGACCCUUCGUCUCCAUCGUACGCCACGUGUAAAUUCCCGAAAAGCUCAUUUCUAGACCGGUCGGGGUUGCCGGAUACCGGGUACCGGCUGACGAAGAAUCUGAGAGCCACAUCGGGGAUUCAGCUGCCACGGUGGAUAGAAAGAGGUCCGAGCUGGGUAGCAACGCAGUCCAGCUGGAUAGGAUUCGUGGCGGUGUGUCAGGACAAGAAUGAGAUCGCGAGGCUUGGACGGCGAGACGUAGUGAUUGCAUUUAGAGGAACCGCUACGUGUUUGGAGUGGUUAGAGAAUCUUAGAGCCACCUUGACUAACCUUCCUAAUUGCAACACCAACAACAAGACAAUCACCAAAGAAGAAGUGGGCCCCUAUGGGUGUGGACCCAUGGUUGAAAGUGGGUUCCUCAGCCUGUACACAUCGGGGUCCGCCAUCUCACCCAGUCUCCAACAAAUGGUCCGAUCCGAGAUCGCUCGCCUACUCCAAUCCUACGGCGACGAGCCUUUGAGCCUCACUAUCACCGGACACAGCCUCGGGGCCGCGUUGGCCACACUCGCUGCCUACGACAUCAAAACAGCCUUUAAACGCUCGCCGUUGGUCACCGUCAUCUCCUUUGGAGGUCCGCGAGUCGGCAACCGGAGUUUCCGGUGCCAGCUCGAGAAACAGGGAACGAAAGUUCUCAGGAUCGUGAAUUCUGAUGACCCGAUAACAAAGGUACCCGGUUUCGUCGUCGACGGGAAAAAAGAAGGGGGACACGUGUCGAGGAAGCGUGAGGUCCAAAUGGCAGCGGGAUGGCCGAGGUGGAUACGGAAGUGCGUGGAGGACACGCAGUGGGUUUACGCCGAUGUUGGGAAGGAGCUAAAGCUGAGCAGCAGGGACUCACCGCACUUCAGCGGAGGAGGGUUCAACGUGGCCACGUGUCACGAGCUGAAGACGUAUCUCCACCUGGUUAACGAUUUGGUGAGCUCCACGUGUCCUUUCCGACGAAAGGCCAUGAAAAUGCUGGGUAAACAGCUAACGGCCGGAGCCUGAGGACCAUAAUUUUUUUUUUUUUCUUUCUUUGUUUUGUACAUAAAUUGAUGUGCAUAAUUUUUUUUUCCCACCAAAUUUUCUACGGGGAGUGGGGUGGGGUGCGCAUUGUCAUUCUUUUUGUAAAACUGAACCUGGGAAUCCAACAUUCCGCAUUGAUAUUCUACGGCUCCAAUCUAACAUGCGCCGCGGGGUGACUCGAUUGCCAGUGGCGAGUGGGCCUUUGCUUAUACGUAGAGAAACCACCGGCUCGAUUUCGGCGUACUUGCUUGAACUCAGAAAAAGAAAGAAAAGGGGAGAGUUGUUUGCUUCUGUGGAAAGAGUACCACGUGGCACGAGAUUUGAGUUCCGGAGAAUACCCUCAAUUGCCGACCAAAAUUUCACCAUGUACCCAACACCGACCUAGUACUGUAUCGAGACUAGAGGACUCUCUCUGGCUCGCAUGCCUCGUGCGCGCCAGUCGCUGGUUGUUGUUUUUCUUUGUUUUAUACUGGAACUUAUGUAGAGCGCCGUCCAUACCCCACACAAGAAGUCGGUUCAUGGCUUGUCUGGCCAAAAUGCCCCUCCGCCGUAUACUUCCUCUACUAUA